AUGUUCCGCAAGUACUCGUGUAGACUAUGUCCUCCAGCUCGUAAGAGGUCGACCGAAACGUGGUCCGGUCCCGGAGCCGUAGCUGCCUUCAUGUUCUGGAUUGCGGCGCGUACUUUAGCAGGUAAAAUCCUUGGUGGUAUUUCUCCAGUGGGAAUAACGGGGUUUGACACGGGCGUUGACGAGCGAAAGAGAUUGGUGUAG